UGGCAUGUCUGGGGUUGGACUGACUACGCGGCCGGACGCGGCGCCAUGGAGGAGUACGCUCGGGAGCCCUGCCCUUGGCGAAUUGUGGAUGACUGUGGUGGAGCUUUCACUAUGGGUGUCAUUGGAGGUGGUGUCUUCCAGGCCAUCAAGGGAUUCCGAAAUGCCCCUGUGGGAUUUCGCCACCGCCUGCGAGGUAGUCUCAAUGCUGUGAGGAUUCGAGCUCCCCAGAUUGGAGGGAGCUUUGCUGUGUGGGGUGGUCUGUUCUCCACCAUUGACUGUGGCCUCGUGCGGGUGCGUGGCAAGGAGGACCCCUGGAACUCCAUAACCAGCGGAGCACUGACUGGAGCUGUGCUAGCUGCCCGCAGUGGCCCACUGGCCAUGGUGGGCUCAGCCAUGAUGGGGGGCAUCUUGUUGGCCCUGAUCGAGGGGGUUGGCAUCCUUCUCACUCGGUACACUGCCCAGCAGUUCCGCAAUGCUCCACCGUUCCUGGACGACCCUAGCCAGCUGCCCCCCAAGGACGCAGCUCAAGGCUACCCGAACUACCAGCAGUAUCACUAAGGAGGUAGCUGGCUGGCACCUCCACCAUGGGAGCCCUGCUUCGGUCCCCUUCCCUGAUCUACCUCGAAGGGAGGGCUGGCUCCUAGUUGGCCCUGGGGCCUGUUUCUACUUUGUCCCAGGGGGGUGGGGCACCCCAGCUGCCCUGAUAGAUGACUUUUCUUCUGUCUUAGGGCACCCCAACCCCACACUUGUAACCAGCUCUCACCCCCAGCAUCCCCUCUGCGUGGUGUGUCCUGAUGAAUAUUUAAAACCAGUUUUGAAAUGCC